ACAAGUCUCAAACUUACUUUGGGGCUAAUGUAUAUAAGACCAUCUGUAUACCUACACAUGUUUUAAAGGAAUAAAUUAUUAUGAUUAUUAGCUCAUGCAAUCUGUGUGAUAUUUUGUCCUAAUAUAAUAUAUAUAAUAUAUUCUGUCCGAGUUUAGCGACCAUGUAGCCGACAUUGCAUUUUUCGUGUUCAAACCGGCUAUAGGUACGAUUCUGUCCUGUCCGCGAUUCCACGAAACUGAUAAGGAUUAAUAAGCUAUUUCUACUUACAAAGAGACUUAUCUACCUACUUAGCUAUCUGUACCAUGUACUGCGUCUGUGCCUAGUAUUAUAUAAAUAGUUUGAUAAAACACAUAUAUAAACUGAUAGCAAUUGUAAAUUUCGAUUCGGCGAUCAAUUUUCGUAGAAGUACUUCAACGAUAACUUUAUUAUUCAUAAAAAAUAUGAAGUACUUUACCUAUACUUUAAAGUGCGACAGUGAAAACAGCCCACGUCCAAUCUCCUACGAGGCUGACAGAAUCGAGGGUCGAACUUACGCAUCAAAUUCGAAACAAUGAGUGACUCCGAUGCGGAGUAUGGUAAAAAUCGAGGGUCGAACUUACGCAUCAAAUUCGAAACAAUGAGUGACUCCGAUGCGGAGUAUGAUGAUCUUGCAGACCGUGCGACAGUCAUCCUCAACAACCAAGACCUUGACAACAGCGAAGAAGACACGAAAACUUUGAUUCCUUCGUUAAUAAAUCAGGGUUGCAUCGAACUGUCUUCAGACGAGGAAGAUGUCGCUCAUCCAAUGAGGGUCCGAGAGAAAACCCCCAGCUGUGAUGACACCGCUACGAAUAUUGAUGAACGAAGGAAUACAUUAAGUGAAUCGAGAAAUUUUUCAGCUAUUAGGACGCGAAAAUGGAUGUCUUCUGUCAGCCACAAUGAUAUAACUAGUGAGCCACCGGUUUUAGCUCACAAAGAUGUUGAAACACAAACGAUGUUUGAAAAAGCUGAUGCCGCGACAUAUGUCGAUGUCAGAACUGCCGAUGUAGGUGUGAAUGUUGAUGUUGAAGAAUUGUUGCUAAAUAAUUCUGAUUGUGGUGAAAACAUGAAUGUAGGCACAGAUAAUAUUGUUGAAUCAUCAAAAGAGGCGUCCAAUAUAUAUUUUCAAUGUGAGGUAUGCUCGUGUUUCUACCAAAGUUUCAAGUUACUCCAAAAACAUACUAUGUCCAAACACAAUAAAACUAUUUCUGCUGACCACAAAAAAGUAUCGUACGACAAGAAGUGUAAAUUCUGUAAUUCUGUUUACGCAUUCGCAACUUACAAUAAGCAUAUAAAAAAUAAACAUACGGACGUGUUUAAUAAGAAAGGAAACGCGAAAAAAAAUUACUUGACAGGCCCGUACGAAUGCGUGAUUUGCAAAACUAAAUUUCUUUCAUACAACGACGGGAAGCGGCACAGGAAAGUGCAUGACAAUAUCGAGCAAAAAGUGAUUUUGAGGAAGAUUCCUCAACGUGGAAACGACACACCGACAACGUCAAAAGCUAAAGUAGAAAGGAAAUCUUCAACUCCUUUAUAUAAAAAGCCAAUUCCGAAAUCAGUUCUGUUCCAAUGUCCGAAAUGUCAAAUAAACUUUUUCAACUACAGAAACGGUCUACGACAUAGAAUUGUUUGUGAAAAGGUGGAAAAUACAACGGGAGUUGUAGUUAAUUGUGGGAAAUGCGAUAGGAAAUUCCUUUCGGCGCAUAUAAGAGGGCAUUAUCAACAACACAGCAUGACGACCGACUUCAAUAUACAAGUAAUUGUCGACGGGAUAGAACAUAAAAUUCUAUAUCGUUGCAUGAAAUGUAAAGUUUGUAUGGAAGAGAGGCGUUGCAGGACACAUUUUCAGACUAGUUGCAAUAAUAUUGGUGUUCCUUGCAUAAUUUGUAAUAAUAAAAUCGACAGAGAUUACAUGUUGAAGCACAAGGAGGCGCAUAGCCGCAUGGGUUUGACCAAAGCUGACAUUAUAUUAGUCGAUGUCCUCGACUAAUUAAAACCGAUAGAAAAAAAUCACCACAUAAAUAACAACAAAUAAUUUUUAAAAAGUAAUUUAAAAAAAAAUUAUAAAAACAAAUAAUAAAAAUAAUAAUUAAAAAAAAAUGUUAGUUUUUAGUUAUCAUACUUCUCCAUACGGCUUGACCGAUUUGAAAUAAAUUUUAUAUGUAUAGUCAGUAUAAUGAGAAUAGGUUAUCUGUUUUUUAUACCACCCAAACGAAGCCUGGUUGGGCCGCUAGUAUUUAUAUAGUUAUAAAAUACCUACUAUUUUUUACUAAUCACUAAUAAUUGUAAGAACAAUUAUAUGAUUUGUAAUAAAACAAUUUAUUUGUAAGAAUUAACAAAAUGUUUUAAAAUAUUUCUAUUCCCUUUUUUUAUAAUUUGUUUUUAUUAGUUUAAAUUUAUUUUCUUUUAGUCGUAGUGACUAUUUUGUUUUUAUGUAUUUAUUUUUUAUGUAUUCUGUUUCUAAAUUCUUUAUUCAAUUUAGGAUGAUAUACAUCACUUAUUGACGUCAAAAAAUCACUUAAACUAAGUCUACCGCAGACUUCCAAAGCGCAGGUGAAGAAGAAGCGGCGCAACAAAAGGACGUCAAUUAACAAAUAUAAGUCUUAUAUCAUACCAGCCUUAAAUAUAUUUAAUUAGCAUUAGGUGUAAUGUACUAAGUAAUUGCAUAUCCAACUUAUUGCAAUAUAUAAUACCAUUAUAUACAAAAAAAAUGUUGUAAUCUAUUUCUAAUUAUUAAAAUUUUAUAAGGACUUGGUCAAUAAUUAUAUUAACAAUUUUUGUUAAUUGUCUUGUAUAGGAAAAUUUUUAAAUAAAACCACGUAAUUAAAAAAAAAAUC